CGCCUUUUUUUUUAAUUAUUUAAUCCAAGAUAUUAACGUCACUCCUUAACUCGAGGACAAUCGUAUAAUCAAUUCUAAUCGCCAAUUAAAUGAUAGCAUUUAAGAUAGCUUUGUAUAGCCGGAAACGUGCUAGUCAAAUGACGAACUCUCAUGCGCGUUCGAUUAUUGUGGCUGCGUAAUUUGUCACAGUGGUGUAAAAUGUUGGAGGGAAUAGGGGGAAUAAUGAACAAAUCUGCGGACAUCGCAAGAAGGUCAUAAUAAAAUGCGCAAAGAACACCAACAAGCUAGAAUGUUUCUUCGAGUCAUCACCCUUCAUUUUCUAUCAAGAAAGUCAACAGUCCGGUGUUUAAUGUAGCAUAGUCACAGUGCAGUUCAUUCGAGAUUCCUUGGUGCCUAACAAAUUUAAAGUUCGAUUUGAGAAAAGAACAAACAUAUUUAAACCAUAAACAUGGAAGAAAUUUCACUGCAGAAUGGUCGACACGUCACUGGUUUACCAGAAGUGAAAGUCAACACUUUAUAUGAAAAUUUGGAAUUUUGGAUGACUCGACUUCCGGCUACACUGCGGAAUCUACCCAUAAUCCACUUGGCGAUACCCGGUUCGCACAACACAACGACCUACACAAUCGACAGAUUUAACGACGUGGGGCCAGACGAAUCAGCUAUAAUUCAAUUUCUAGGUCGUUAUUUGUCGAUCCUUUCCAAACCCAUCAUCUUCAACUGGUCCAUCACCCAAUACGACACCGUCAAAGAACAGCUAAACGGAGGAAUACGAUACAUCGAUCUUCGUCUCGCCACAAAACCUAACAGCGACACAAUUUAUGUCUUGCACGGACUCUACGGAUCCGAAGUCUCCGAGCCUCUUCAGCAAAUUGCCGAAUGGCUUUCAUAUCAUCCCUACGAAGUCGUCAUUCUAGACUUCCAACAUUUCUACUCUUUCACAGAUUACAACCAUCAGCAUCUGAUCACAAAAAUAAAAACCAUUUUCAGAAUGAAACUCUGUCCCGUUUACAAUCGACUUGAUCACAUCUCCCUACAAUGGCUUGCAUCCGAAAAGUAUCAAGUUCUCGUAAUCUACAGGAAUAUCGCCGCCCGAAAUUACAUGGAUUUAUGGCCCAGUGGCGUGUGGCCCACGCCCUGGCCUGAUACCACGAAUUCGGAAGAGAUGAUUUCAUUUUUAAACCGAAUGAUUGAAUCCAGAUCAUCAAACAUGGGUUUCAUUUCCCAGUGUUUGCUAACUCCGAACACUUCUUAUGUUUUGAAACAUGUCUGUGGUACCCUAUUGGAUUUGGCUAAUAAAUGCCGAGACGCUGCACUUCCGUGGAUAAAUGAAAACAGACCUGGUCGAGGAGGAAUGAAUAUUGUUAUUACAGAUUUUGUAACUUAUAGUGAUUUUAUUUUUUCGAAAACUGUGAUUCAACGAAAUGCGACUCUUCUACAGGAAAAAUAUUAAAUUAAAAUUUAAAAUUUUUUUAAGGUCUUAAUCUUCUUGACAAAGACAUAAAGCGAUUAUUUUGCUGCUGUUGCUUUUUAGUCUACUAAAAAAAAAUAUAUUUUUUUAAAGUUUAUUUUUAAUCGCAAUUUUUUCCCUACUCUUAACACUUAGAUAUAUUUGUAAUCACCUUUAAGUACAACCUGAACAUUCAAGAAAGUCAAAUUAUUUAUUUAUUUUACCAUUUUAUUGCUGUAAAUAAUAAAGAAGUAGCUUCUAAAGCUUUUAUAAUUUCAGAAAAUUGUUUACGCCUAACAAUUAGAUCUAUUGUAAUUUAUUUAAGUUAAUAAACAGAAAAUUUGCAUACAUUCUUCUCGCAAAAAAUAUUUUCCAUUUUAUAUGUAUAUAAUUUUUUUAAACAGUUAAAUCACACCUAUGCCGAAAUUUCACGACCGUGAUAUAUUUCGAAAUAGUUUUACAGUCAUAAUAAACUCCAGAAAAUUGUUAACGCUUAACCUCGACUCGAAGUUAACCUCGAAGUUAAUAAAUAUAAACUUUUUAAUUUAUUUUUUUGAGGAAAAGAUCUUUUCUAUCUAUGUAUCAUAAUAGCUAUUCAGACUUAUUCUAUUGCAAAAAAUGCUGUUAUAAAUAAGGACAUGAGAAUAAAAACUGGAAAAGGGCCAAAAACGAAAUUUUACAAGAUUAGGCUUCGGAUUCAUCACACUAUUUUCACUAUUUGACAGGGGAGGGGUAAAAAUCUUACUGCUUCUCAUGAAUUGACAAAUUGGUUUAACGUUCAACCAAGAACUUACAUUUUCUGCCAAAAAAUAUGAAUUCUAAACAGAAAAUGUAAUAAUUGCUUUUUUAACGAAGCAAAAAUGUUAAUUGUAAAUAAAAAA